CUUGUUAGCUAGCAAGAACGACGGCCAACUAAUUAUCCAAUAUGAGAUCCAACAAUUAAUGGAAAUAAGGAAAGAAAACUAUAGAGGGAAGAUAUCAAUAAUUAAAGCAUCAUUUUCAAAAGGAAGAAAAAAGUUUUAAGAAAAACUAUUAAUAAGUGCAAUUUAUUUUCAAUAAAUGAAUGGAUAAAUAUAACACCGUCAUUGGCUAUACCUAGCUAGUUGAUCCAAUUCGUUAAUUAACACUUAACUCAUAUGCUUGAACGAGUCAACAGUUUAAAUUGGGUGACAACUUUGGUCAUAACUAAUUAUAGUAACAAAUUUUUAGUAUAUUUCUAAUCUACAAAAUAUUUGAUUGUGGAGUUGACGUUCUUGCAUUAGAGCACAUAUUUAAGCUGCAUCGCCCUAAAUGCCCACCUACCAUUAAAUGAUAACAACUAUGUAUAGUUGGUCGCUGGGCCAACAGUACGCGCUGACAAAAUUUCAUCAUUAACAUUCAGUUUCCUUAAAAUCAUACGAAAUUAAACAUUUCAAAUAAUUGGAAAAGUCUAGGUUACACAGAGAGUAAAUAUGUAUGUUGUAUUUGAAUUAGAUUCCGAUCAACGGGCCGUACACCAUACUAAUGAGAUUAGAUAGCAUGACUAUCGUUCAAGGAGCUGGAAAAAUGACACCCCCAUUAAUUAUAGGCUUUUAAGGUAAUAAAUCUGUGUUGCAUUUAAUUAUCUGUCUGAAUUAAAAAUCCAUAUCAAUUACUUUCCUUUUUUCAGUGCAAUGGUAGGCUUGACUUUGAUCCCGACUACGAUGUUAUUGACCACGCUAAAGUCUGGAUCCGGUUACCUCGUCUGCCAAUGGGAUAUUUCGACUUAGAGAUUCUGAAUGAUAUUGGCAGUCGAGUGGGGAAGGUGAUCAAGAUUGAUUACAACACUCUCCACUGCACUAGAGGAAAUUAUGCUAGACUUUGUGUGGAAAUCGACCUAAACAAGAGGUUGGUUCCUAAGUAUCGCCUCAAGAGAAGGGUUAGACGGAUUGAAUACGAAGGUUUACACUUGGUGUGCUUCGCUUGUGGCCGAUACAGCCAUACUCAAGAGACCUGUGCCAAAUCGUUUGAAGAGGGGAAGAGCUUGGGGGAUUUCUCAACGAAAACUAACCCAAUGUUCAAUUUCAAGGAGAUUGCUGUAAUCAGGCCGGAAGUACUAGAGGAUUAUGGACCAUGAAUGAUAGCUACGAGGAACAAACGCCAUAAACAGACACAGAAGCAGAUACAGCAGAACAGGGAUCAUUCCCAGACAGCGGCGCCAGAGAUUUCUUCACCGGCGGCAUCUCAACGGUCGAAUGGUUCUCGAUUUGCUGCUCUGGAUACAGAUGCGGCGGAAAUUACGGCGGAGGAUGUGAACAUAGAUACUGAAAAUCAGGUAAUUACGGACAGUCGAAAAGAGAAGUUUUGUAAUGGAGUCAUGGCAGGGAGCAACGGCCCGGAAAAGUCUACGAUGGGAGAGAAAGCGGCGGAGAAAGGAAAGAAGAAUCAAAAGGAAGAAAAGGAUAGUGGAAGAAAGGAAAGAACGGAUCUAAGGAAGAAGUUGUCUCCCAAGACCCCUGAUCCAACAUCUGGGCCGAAAGAGCAAAAAAAAAAGGCCCAGGGGAACAAUGGGCCAACUCCAAAAAUUCUAUCUCGUAGCCCAGUGAAAGUUCCCAACAGUGUGAAUAUUGGCGGAAGACAAAGUGGGAUCCAACCGAGUAAGGUAAAUCAAAAAAUCACCCCGGCCCAGAAGAACCCAGAGCGAGCUCGGGAUCGGGAGAAAGCGCCACUUUCUCAGAACAGCACAGAGAUAACGCCGAAGGCAGGGCUCCCACCGGAGAAGAAGGGAUCGGACCCUCCUGGCGACAACGAGAAGGAAGCCCGGGAUGGUGAAUCCGCCCCAAACAACACUGAUUCGGAGUCGAAUCAGACAAAAAGAUCGAUUGAUCAAAGAAAAUCAUAGGGAAUGGGGUCUACGAUGGCCUCCCCUGUCGCUGGAGAUAUGGAGGUGGACGGUCACCGCUAAUCUCAGUCAGCGUUCCGUCAGGGAAGUUUUACACUACCUCUACUCUUUGAUUUUUAAUGUUUAAGGUCUUUAGUUGGAAUUGUCGAGGUGCGAAGCACCAUAAUUUCCUCUCCUCGUUCAAAGAUUAUGUGUGUGUCCAUCGUCCCAAUGUAGUGUUCAUCGUUGAGCCGCGGAUCAGCGGCAAAGACGCGCUGGAUGUGAUAGCUACUAUGGGCUAUGACCUCUUUGAGUUAGUUGAUGAUGUUCGUUUCUCUGGAGGAAUUUGGGUUCUCUGGAACUCAUCUGACAUUACUGUUGAUGUUGUGAACCGUAACCCUCAAUUUCUCCAUUUUCGUUGCACAGAUAAAGACCAGAUCUCAGUUCUCAUGACAGCAGUCUAUGCGAAGCCUAACAAUUAUGAUCGGCGUCCCCUGUGGAAUGCUCUCCGUAGAAUGGAAGCUCAGAUAACUAGCCCCUGGCUCUUGGUGGGGGAUAUCAAUUCGGUGACUAGCCCCUUAGAAAGACAAGGAGGAGCUAAAUUCAAUCCCAACUAAGUCUCUGAGUUCAACGAUUGCAUCACCGAUUGUGGCCUUAUUGAUGUAGGCUUUGAGGGACCUAAAUUCACCUGGUCAAAUGGUAGACUCUCUCAACGGCUUGAUAGAGCUCUCUGCAACCAGGAGUGGUUUAGGCAAUUCCCAGACACCUCUAAUUAGCACCUGCAUAAACUUCGUUCUGAUCACCGGCCGAUUCUAAUCGCAAGUGCGAAAGAGACAGCAAGCCCUUACCAGGUGAGACCUUUCCGUUUUCUGGCCCCGUGGCUUGCUCACAAAGACUUUUUCACUACACUUGACGCCUGUUGGACCCGGCGAAGGGAUGUUCUGCUCUCUGUGCAGAAACUACAGGAUACUCUGCGCGUUUGGAAUAAGGAAGUGUUCGGGAAUAUCUUCGCCAGGAAGAAAAGACUCUCCAGAAAGCUAACUAGAUUGGAGCAAUAUAAUGAUCAGUCGCUGUCGGAGGCAUCGCUACAAUAGGAAGUUGCAGUGAGGGAGGAGCUGGAACAAACGCUUUGGGAAGAGGAGAUGCUUUGGAUGCAGAAGUCGAGGACCAAUUGGAUUACCAAGGGCGACCGUAACACACUUUUCUUCCACAAUGCCACAAUCAGUCGAAGAAGAAGAAAUAAAAUCACUAAGUUGUAGGAUGACAACGGGAACUGGAUCGAGGAUGAUGACGUGCUUAAGAACAUGGCUCGAGAGUUCGAUAGCAAACUCUUCACUGAAGAAGAUAUCUCCUCCAACGAUAUUCCAGCAAAUUUCAAAACCUUGCAAGCAGAGGAAAUGAGAAGAUUGGUCUCAAUCCCCACCCCUGCGGAAAUCAAGCAAACCUUAGGAGAUAUGAGAGGACUCAAGGCCUCGGGGAAGGAUGGUUUUCAUGCUAUUUUUUUGUAAAAAAGUGUUGGAAUAGAGUUGGUGUUGAUUUAUAUGAUCAUGCGGUGGCUUUUUUCAGGUCGCCACAAAGGAUUGAGAGUUGCAAUGAGACUGUCAUCACCUUGCUGCCCAAAGUGGAACUUCCCAAAUCAAUAGCAGAGUUUUGA